AUGGGUGGCCUGUGGGCAAACAUCUUUGCUUUUGUGACGGGUCAAUGGGGCAUAAUUUUGCCUAACUGGAGUGGUGUUCUUCGUGACGACAAUUCGUUUGUUCACGAGCCCAGCUGGUACCGCUAUGUCCGGGCCAGCGAGUCUAGAACAAUCCAGCCCGUUGGGGUCGUACCUGACCUCACCCGCGGCGAUGUUACCAAUCCUUCGGGUCUUACCACGGGAGAGGGUGGCCCUACGAUACUUUUCCGUGCUGGAGAGGAGAACGAAAUCCCUUCUGUCACGAUCGAUUUCGGUCAGAACACCGUUGGAAUCUUGUCGAUUUCGUUUGCCGGGUCAUCGACUUCUUCUGCUUCGCCAAGUGGAGACGGGAGAAUUGGCAUUGACGGGGGGGAAAGUCAGGAAAGACCUGGUAUACGACUCGCCUUCUCCGAGACGUUGCGGUUCUUGGGCAAUGUCAGCGACUUCUCGCGCUCAUACAACGGCGACACAAUCACUCCGGGCAGCGACCAGAUCGCAGUCCAGAAGAACCCCUACAUCUGGACAGUGAAGCACGGCUGCCAGCACCGCGACGCCGCCAAUGGAAAGGGGCAAGUCUGCGCAGACGGUCUGCACGGCUUCCGCUACCUUCGCAUUUACCUCGACGCCCUCCCUUCCGACGCGCCGCACACUGUCCCCUAUGGCCGCGUCGAAAUCUCCAACCUCUCCCUUGCCCUCUCGGCGUUCCACGGCACGCCCGACACCUACCAAGGGUGGUUCGAGUGCAGUGACGAGGAGCUGACACGGUGGUGGUUUGACGGUGUGUAUACUAACGACCUCUGCGUUGACACGUUCCGCGGCGCCGAGGAUGCGGAGCCACGAGGGGCGGGGAGUGAGACGCUCGAGGGCCGAUUUGUGAUCCACGAUGCGCCGAAGAGGGAUCGGGAUCCGUACGUCGGCGAUCUAGCGGUGGCGGCAAUGACGGGCUAUACUUCCUUUUAUGAUGAUGAGUUUGAGAUGUUGACAUUCGAUAGUAUGAACUACACGCUCCCGCUGUUCGACUACCCCCUCUGGUGGGUCGUCUGCAGCCACGACUACGUCUGGUACACAGGCGACGUGGAGUACUUGUCGGCCUACUACUCCAACCUCGUCGCUGUGCUGGACCGCUGGUACCCCUCUGUCACGGACCCGGCGACGGGACUUGUGACCAAGGGGCUGAACGGGACGGCCGGGUACGGCGACUACGCAUUUCUGCCACGCCAGGGGCCGGUGACGUACUACAACGCGCUGUACGUGCUCGCACUGCGUCGGGCGGCGGAGAUGGCGGUUGAGUUCAAGAAAGACGGGGAUGCGGAACGGUGGAGGGGGCGGGCGGACAGGGUUGCGAGGUCUUUGGGGCAGAGGAAUUUCGACCAGAGGGUCGGUGCAUUUUGGGACGGGACGAAGGAAGGGGAGUUUGUGGAUGCGCACGCGCAGGAUGGGAACAGCAUUGCCAUUCUUACGGACGUGGUGGACAGAGAGAAAGCGAAGGGGAUAUUGGGGUAUUACUCACGGGCCGCGGCCAGGCCGUACGGGAACGCGUUUUACGACUCGGACGCCGUGGCGGAGGGGUUCAGCCAGAGGGUGUACGCUUUCAUAUCCUACUUCGAGCUCGCGGCCCGGUUCAAGUCCGGGAUGGGGGAGAGCGCCGUCGAGGAGAUGAAGAGGUUGUACGGCUGGAUGUCACGGCAGGACCCGGGUGUGACGUUUUGGGAGGGCAUCGGGCCGGAGGGGAGGCCGUAUGAGGACGGGUACACGAGCAUGGCGCACGGGUGGGCCACGGGGUUGGUGCCGUUGAUGACUGGGUGGGUUCUGGGUGUAAAACCGACGGGGCCUGGGUUCCGGACGUGGAGCGUCGUGCCGGAGAUGGCGGGGCUGAGGUGGGCCAAGGGGGUUGUGCCGACGCCGGAGGGCGAGGGCAUCAGGGUUGAAUGGGAGGACCACGGGUAUGGGGACGUUAAAAUGGAGGUGAGGGCGGCAGAGGGGUCGAGGGGGGUUGUGGGCAUUCCCGUGGAGGGUAAGGGGGCGCUUGUCAAGGUUGAUGGGGAAGUUGUGUAUGCUGGGCAGGACGGUAUGUCGGCGAGGUUUUUUGAGGAUAGGGUUUGGGUUGAAGUUGAAGGCAAGGGCACGCGUUGUAAUAUUGUGGUUUCUGUGAAGGGCAGGCCCGAUAGUCUGUAA